CUGAAAAUUCCUGCCAAAAACUUCCAGCAAGUCAGAAAAUUUCCAGCGGCUCCAUCUGAACUCCUGCCUGAAAUUCUGCCAAUUCUGAAAUUCAUCGAUCCUGCCGCUGAACUUCUACCCUAUGAGACGAAGCCGCUUUGGAGAAUCAAGCAGGAAAGUGAGUAGGUCAAAAAUUUGAAUUUGGCGCGCGAAAUUCAAAUUUUCUACAGUUUGUAAUUGUCUGGCUCUCGGCGUCUCUUCAAUUAUUUUGCCUGAACAAUUUGAGGGACACGUGGCAGCUGCGGCCAUAGUUCAGGUAUGUUGUCCCUUCAAAAACCCACUAGGUGUACGGUAUGCGCCUUUAAAGUUCUCUAGGUUACUGUAUGAACCUCUAGCGCAAGAGUAUGUUCCUUUAAAAUUUCCGGGGUUACUGUAUUUUCUACUGUAAGGCUUGCACCUUUAAAUUAUGUAUACACAGUAACCUAUAGAUCUUCUAAAGUACAGUAAUUUCUUGCUGUGUACUGUAUGUCCCUUUGAAAUUGGUUUCGAGCGCCUCUGGCGCGAGUGUAGAUCAAAAUUCCGCAAAUGCGGCUCGUAUGUCCCUUUAAAAUUUUUAGGGUUACUGUAUGUCUCUUCAAAUAUGUUAGGACUACUGUAUGUCCAGGUUACUGUAUGUCCCUUUGACUUCCUCUUUCUCACAUUUUUCCGAAUUACUGUAGUUGUCCCUUUAAACCCAAACAUUUUCAUAGAUACUGCAUGCGUAGGUUUAUGUCCCUUUAAAAUUAGUUACUGUAGCCUAUAGAUCUUCUAAAGUACCCUAAAUUCUUGAUGGGUACUGUAUGUCCCUUUGAAAUUGGGUUGGAGCGCCUCUGGCGCGAGUGUAGAUCAAAAUUCCGCGAAUGCGGCUCGAGCGCCUCUAGCGCGAUGUCCCUUUAAAUUAGUCACAGUAACCCAUGAGCCUUGCAACAAUAUACUGUAUGUCCCUUUAAAAUUUGCAGAGUAUAUCCAAUGCCACCAACAUCCCGUGCUUCUCUCUCCACCUCUCGCCACCAACACGUCCUUUCACCCAUCUCCAUCCGCAUCUCAAUGCAAAAGCCAUGGCAAUUGCCGCAUUCAUAAAGCGCGAAAAAUGGCGAGAUGUUGUUGUGGUUUUUGAGGAACCGGAUGAGUUGCUGGAAGUCACGGAUAUGAUUACAGCCGGACAUUUCGAUCCAUAUUCUUUCUCGUCGCAAUUAGUCCGCUUGAAACAUCGUGAAGAUUUUGGAGUCGAGUUGAAGCAUAUUAAGAAUAAGUUGGGUGAGUGUGUAGGUUCUUCUGAAGAUUACUGUAUGACUUUUAAAAAGUUACAAAAAAAAAUUAUUUAA